AUGAACUUACUGAGAUUGCUACUAUUGACAACUCUGGCUGUUGCCAAGCAGCCUAAUAUUCUUUUCGUUCUAACGGACGAUCAGGGUAAAUAUGUGGGCGGUUUAGAGCACAUGCCCAAGCUGCAGGAAACCCUCGUUCAACAAGGAACAAGCUACUCCAAACACUUCUGCUCAAUCGCACUAUGCUGCCCCUCCCGAGCCAACCUCUGGACCGGCCGCAUGCCACACAACACCAACGUAACAGACGUCGGACUCCCCUACGGCGGCUAUCCAAAAGUAGUCUCAGCCGGCUGGAACGACAACUACCUCCCACUAUGGAUGCAAGAAGCAGGCUACAACACGUACUACGUGGGCAAGAUGUGGAACGCGCACACAGAAGACAACUACAACGAUCCCUACGUACGAGGGUUCAACGGCUCGGACUUCCUGCUAGAUCCGUACACAUACCGAUACUGGUACGCACGGAUGACGCGCAACGGAGCAGCGCCAGUCAAGUACGACGGGCAAUACUCGACAGACGUUAUCGCCGAAAAAGCAGAGGGAUUCAUCGACGAGGCAGUUAAGCACGAGCAGCCGUGGAUGCUGACAGUAGCGCCGAACGCACCGCACUCGAAUGGGUCUCAUGAUUCCACGCGGAACGCGAACUGGUUCGGUGAGCCGGAGUUUGCGCCGCGACAUGCGGAUUUAUUUAAGGAUGUGCGGGCGCCGCGCGAUGAGAGCUUUAAUACGCUGAUUGAAAAUGCCGUUAGCUGGGUGCAGAAUGUGCCUGAGUUGAAUCAGACGCAUAUUGAUUAUAUUGAUGAGUUCCAGCGGUGUCGACUGCGGGCUUUGCAGGCUGUUGAUGAGAUGAUUGGGAAGCUUAUUGAGAAGUUGGAGAAAAUCGGGGAACUGGAUAAUACGUAUAUCUUCUUUUCGACUGAUAAUGGGUAUCAUCUUGGUCAGCAUCGAUUGCAGCCUGGCAAGAACUGUGGUUAUGAAACCGAUAUCAACGUUCCUCUCAUUGUCCGAGGACCUGGUAUUGGCAAGAAUCAGACCCUGGAUGCUAUCACUUCUCAUACGGAUCUAGCUCCCACUUUUUUGAACAUAGCUGGGGCGACUCGAGAUGGAUUAGAUGGCAAGAAGAUUCCUACUACCAUUGCCGCCAGCACGGCGGACAAUAGGACCGAGCAUGUUGCCAUUGAGUACUGGGGACUGGCUGUACCAGAAGGAAUCUACGGAUAUGCCAGCGACAAGCUCGAGCAGCCACAUAACAGCUACCAGAGAAACACAUACAAGGGUAUCCGACUUGUUGCCAAUGACUAUAGUCUAUACUAUGCAGUAUGGUGCACAAACGAGAAAGAAUUCUUCGAUCUGAAGGGCGACCCCCAUCAAACAGUGAAUCUAGGCACACAUCCAGCCAAACACCCCAACUACAAGAUUUCAAAUCGCGAGCUACCACAAAUUAUAGCGCGGCUAGACGCACUGAUGCUCGUGCUCAAGUCCUGCGAAGGCGAUGCUUGUCGAUACCCCUGGAGGCAGCUGCACCCAGCCGGCAAAGUGAAUAGUCUUGCCGAUGCGCUGGACUCCGGCUUUGAUACUUUCUACGCGAACCAGCCGAAGGUUUCGUUCUCGUCUUGUGAGCAUGGGUAUAUCAUUUCGGCGGAGGGGCCGCAGAAGUUCAAUUCUUACGGGGCCAGUACAAAGAGGGGAUGGAGGUUGGAUGAGUUGUUUGGGUGGUGA